GUGAAUGAUAAUUUAUAAACAAAAACGUCUGACACGCCAAUACACGCAAGAUAUCUAAACAAAUGGCUUUAAUAAUUGCGUUAAAUUAACCUAAUUAAUAAACUAGUUACUAAUCAUUUCACUUAAAUUAUGUAAAAUAAAUACCAUUCGUGCAAGAACAGUAACAUACGAAGUAGCAAUGGCAGUAAUACUUGGUGGAGGAAUAGGCGGAUUGUCCACCGCUUACUAUCUGCUCAAAAAUAACAUAAGUAAUAAUAAUAACUUGAAAUUAUUAUUACUAGAAGCAACAAAUUAUUGUGGAGGAUGGAUAAAGUCAAUAAAAACGAAGGAUUAUAUAUUCGAGCAGGGACCGCGGACCAUCCGGCCUAAAGGUAUCGUUGGAUUGAACACAUUGAAUAUGAUUCAAGACUUAGGUCUCAGCGAGCACGUCUUCCCCAUAAAAUCGGAUCACCCCGCAGCUAAAAACAGAAUGAUUUACGUUAACAAUUCGUUGCAUUUAUUGCCGUCGAGUUUAAAAGGCGUUUUCCAGACAAAUGAACCUUUUUCGAAGCCACUUAUUUAUGCAAUAUUCAAUGACUUGCGUAGUCCGCAAAAGCAAAUGAAAGAUGAUUCGAUUUAUAAUUUCGCUGAAAGACGUUUCGGUAAAGAGAUAGCAGAUUAUGCAAUUGCUCCUAUGAUAUGUGGCAUUUGUGCUGGAGAUGCCAAAGAAAUAUCUGUUAAAUUUCUUAUGAAAACACUUUUUGAGUGGGAACAGAAUUAUGGAGGUGUCAUGAAAGGUAUGAUGAAGUCUUUCAUGAAGGGAAAAAAUGACAAUGAUCUAUAUUUAAGUGAACUAGCAAAAAGAGCUCAGGAGGAGAAAUGGAAUGUGUAUACAAUAAAAGGUGGUAUUGCCAAUUUUCCAGCCACCUUGUUGCAGCAUCUCAGAGAGAACAAUGUUGAUGUUAAAUUGAACAACAAAGUAAAUGAGAUACAAUUUGUUGACUCAAGUACUGUAAAGUUGAUCAAUAGAUCUGGAGAAGAGAUAAUGGCAAACCAUGUGUAUUCUUCCAUACCAUCACAUGCUUUGGCAGAUUUAGUUGAGAAACAGCAUCCAGAUCUGGCUGCAAACCUGAAAGGUAUACCAUUUGUGACAGUUGGCUUGGUCAACUUUUAUUUUGAUACAGACAAGCCCCUUAUUUCACCUGCAUUUGGAUUUUUGGUGCCUCCUAUAGAGAACUCCCCUAUUCUUGGUGUGGUGUUUGACUCCUGCUGUCUUCCUGAUCAAAAUGGUACAGUUUUAACUGUGAUGUUGGGUGGUAGGUGGUUUGAAGAAAAGUUUGGACAGAAUAUAACUGAAAAAGAGUUGUUUGAGAUAGCGCAGCGUGAAGUACGGUCCAUAUUGAACAUAAAGGAGAAACCGGCAGCACAUCAUGUUCAAAUUCUGAAUAAGUGCAUUCCUCAAUAUGUUAUAGGUCAUUACGAUAGAGUAGAUAAUGUGAGGCAGUACAUACAAGACCACAACCUACCAAUUUCUCUUGUUGGCAGCAGCUAUGACGGAGUAGGCAUCAAUGAUGUAAUUUAUUCUGCUAAGACUCAGGUUCAAUGAUGUUCAACUUAUCAAACAAGUAAAUAUAAAAGUUUAUACUCAUAAAUGACUGUAAAAUAAGCAUUAACGCCUUUCCAGGCUGCACAAAUUCAGAGAUUAUUAUGAAAGGGAUAAAUUUUAUAUGCAUUUACUGACUGUUAGGCUAAGGCUUUGUUACGAAUUUUUAUUACUUAGCUUGUAAUAGAAAAAUUAAACAACUUGUGGGAUUAUUUAAAUAAAUACUCAAUCUUUUUGCGGGCAAAUAAAUUUUCAUUACAUUUUGGGAUGCUAGGGGUAAUAUAAACGGGAAUAUAAUUUCAAUGGUUUUAUUUUAUUUGUUUGUUUCUUUUAUACACAGGUUGGUACUUAUGUGGUUAUUAAAAUGAUGAUGUUUA